GCCACUACCCAACGGCUCUGAGGCUGAAGAAGCCCAACCCACGUGUUUCGAGGACGAUGGUGACAAAGCAUUUGGCAAUGUCCAUACUUUGAGAGGGAUCCGAUUUACUGACAGCCGGUUGUCACCUUAGGAAGUUGAUCGUGUCGGCAAAGAAGGAAAAGAAGGUAUUGGUGCAAAAAGCCGUGUUCAGUCGUAUGAUUUGAUCAUUAUUGACAGCGAUGAUGAUGAUGAAGAUGAUGGUGGCGGUGAUGGUGAUGGUGGCUGCGUGGCAGAAGUUGAUCUUUUCCUUACAACAGUCGAUAAAGAAAAAGCACACGGGGGAUGCGGCAUGACAAGUACAAGCCAACAGGAAGCACGCAAGAAGCUGAAGCUGAAGCUGGAUGAAGCAUACGAGGAACCGUCUCUGCUUGACAGUCUUCUAGAGAUGGACGAGGGAGAAUACAUUGAACCGGGGCUUACGCCGUGCCCUCAGACACCGCAACCGCAGUUGCAGCCGCAAGACAAGUCAGACAUUGAGUUUGGUGUCACUGACAAGCCGCUUGGCAGAGAUCCGCCGUAUGAUCCGGCCGUUCACGAGUUGUUCCACAAUCAAGACAAUACGUGGAUCCAGAUGGCGAACCGUUCGACGGCCCUCGAGAUGUGGGAUGCCAUGUAUCUUGAUGAAUAUUUUGAUAAAUACCCUUAUUCCUCGUCAGAGUCCGAGUACGAUCCGUACUAAGGGUCCACGGGGUACGCUUCAUUUGCGGUGCAAUGGGACUUUGUUUGCAAAUGCUCUGCUGAGGCGAGGGCUGCUCUUCAUGUCUUGGUCAUGUUGAUUUCUUUUUCCUUUUUUUUCUUUCUUUCCUUGAGUCGAUGGAAUCUACUUUUAAAUUUGCUUUUAUGGGAUCGAGAUUGAGAGAGAGAGAGAGAGAGAGAGAGAGAGAGGAAAAUAUGCCUGAAAUUUGCUUGUUUUGUCAUUAUAGUCCGUAUACAUAUACAUGCUCUUGAUUUG